CGGUCUCCCCGCCCCGUGCGGUCGGACCGCGCCCCCGUUGUUCGGGCUCCGCCCGCCGCUUCGUGGGUCCGGGUCUCCCAGGCAGUGAGCUCGCGGCCGGCGGGCGUGGUGCUGUCAGAGCUGCCCGCCGCGCCGCGGGGCCCUGAGAGCCCCCACCGCCACCACCCCGCCCCGGCUGCUCUCAGUGGAGGCCCGCGCAGCCCCAGCCCGGCCCCCGGCUCUGUGCCCCUGACCCCGUGUGCCGUGACCCCGUGCCCUCCCGGCUGUGCCCGGCCGCGCCGCUUCCCGGCACGGGGCUCCGCUGCGCCAUGGCCGCCCCGCGCUCCCUCCUGCUCCUCUCCUUGCUCCUCGCCGCGCUGCAGGGACGGGGACAGCAGCCGCCCCCUCCCCGCGUCCCUCUUGAGAAAGUGGUGACCGAGGGGAACCUCGGCCUCGAUGAGCUGGUGGGGAGGUGGUUCCUGGUCGGCAUGGCAUCCCGCUGCAGCUACCUGGCAGAGAACAGCCACCGACUGGAGGCCACAGCAAUGACAGUGGCUGUCCUGGAUGGGCAGAGCCUGGCCAUCAGCACCUUCAGGAAGCUAGAUGGGCAGUGCUGGGAGAUCAGGCAGCGUUACGUCCCUGCAGGAGCCCACGGGCGCUUUUCCGUGAGAGUGUCCCCCACAGGCCGUGGCUACGACAGCAAGAUGGAGGUGGUGGUGGGAGAGGCGGACCCCCGCAGCUAUGCCAUCAUCUACUACCAGGACGGCCAAGGCCUCUCUGUCAAGCUCUAUGGCCGCAGCAGCCAGCUCAGCGAUGCCAUAGUGGACAGGUUUGAGCAGCGCGCCAGGGCCAUGGGCCUGAGUGAGGAUGUGAGCUACUACUUCCCCACGUACGGGUUCUGCGACUCUGCGGAUGAUUUCCACAUCCUUGACGGUGAGCACGGCUCCACGCUGCCGCAACCCUGCCUUGCAGUGCUGCCACAGCACGGGCAGGAGUCCCUCGGUGCCCUGGUGUGGGGCUGGGAGAUGGCAGAGCAUCACCCAGCGCAGCCUCUGCCCUGUUUGGCCCCUGUGUGGGUCCGGCUGGGCUUAGCGGUGUCUGUACCGGGAUGAGGGUCUGGGGUGGGGCGUCUGGGAUGGAGACAACAUGGCUGUUCUCAAAGGUGACUCCACCGUUUGUCAUUGGUGCCUGGGGAGGCAGAGGUGAGUCCCAACCCUGGCACUGGGCUCUGCCCCAACUCCUCAGCACCUCUCCUUCCC